AAGAAAAAGAAAGGUACAAGAGGAAAAAGGUGUGGUGGAUGCGUUGAACAAACUACAAAGCACUUUGGAGAAACAAGUUAACGCGAAUAUUACAGCUUUGGAGAUGAGAAAAGAGAAUGACCAAAAGGAACUUCAAUUGAAACAACAACUCAUAAAAGAAGAGAUUGAAUUAAAAAAGAAUGCUGAAAGGAGGAAAGAGUGGGAACAUAUUAUGAAUCAAGAUCUAAGUAAGCUCUCACCAACUGCUCGAGCAGCAUAUGAAGAAAUGCAAGCAAAUAUUAUAAAAGAAUGGAAAAAAGAAGGUCUCUUUGGAUCUAAUAGCACUUGACACUCAAGACUGCAUUUCUUGUCUAGCCAUUUGUUGAUAGUAACUUUUUA